AUGGACCGUUUCCGCCUGCGGUUCUCUCUGUCCCGCCUUCUGGCCCACCACAUAGAGGAAAGUUACACUAUUCGGCGUCUGCGGGACUCCAGUCUGGAUCUGUUUCUUGAGGCCCGAGAUGAAGUGCCUGAGAUGACCCGUUAUGACCAGAUCAGCCAUAUCAACCAGCCCAACCCGGUCUCUCUGACAGCACAGUCCAUUCCACUCGAUGCUGUUGAUCUGUCUCGGUAUUUGCCUGUUCAGCAGAACCUCUAUGACCCGGGCGAGCGAAUUCCCAGUUAUGAGCUGUCUCAGGAACAACACCAGAAUCAGAUACGAAACAGAAAUGCCCGAGGAACUGGUUCCAGCACGGGCGACUCAGGCCCUGCCAUUGUCACUACAACCAACCUUCGUGGCCGGUUUUUCGAUUCCAGACCAUCAAGGAAUCUGGGUCGAGAUCGAGACAGAAGCACAAGUAGCCCAGCUAGAAGUGGCCGUAAGUCACUCAAAUCGCUAGGCCUCAAAUUUCUUAAUGCUCGUCAACAUAUACUAUUGGCCCUUUGUCGAGAUAUCUCACUUAUUCCAUGUUUUCAUGGACUCUUUCAGGCGUGGUGGGUAUUUCUCCGUUCGGGCCCAAAUCUGAACGUCUACCUGGUGAAAACGUCUGCACGUAUGUCUGAACACUUUCUCACGGGCAUUUGGUGCAUCGUUUCGGGAUAUCUACUGUACCAGGUCCUUGAUGGGCUUAUGGUGCGAUGGAUCGUUACGUAUUCCACCACGGGCGCCAUUGUACGGAUGUUAUCCAUGUCCACAAUAUUAAUCACCAUCGAGGAGUACUUGAUCGCUGCUUUCUCGGCCGAGGGCUACACCUAUACUCUACAUACGUGGAUUCUUAUCUCUUGUGCACUUACGCUUCUCUAUGUCGUGCAGAACUUUGUCACUUCUAACAUAGACUUGAAGGGUAAGCAGCGGAGGCGAUUCUUUGAUUUGUAUGCAAUAGCAGUCUUUGCCGUGGUUCCUGUUGGACUUGCUAGUUUCAUCACCAUGAUUGGUGUGUUGAGGUCGUUGCUUAUAUUGCGGAUGGAUCUAGUAGACCAAAUGGCAGUAGGAGUCGUGGGAUGA